AUGACUGAACCGUACCUAUAUGAAGAAGAUUUACUGGUUGAUGCCGCAUGCGGUUCUGGAAAUGUUGAGCCUAGCAAUAUCAUUCCGUGGGUGCCCCCUCGUAUAAGCGUGGACGCCACACAUUUAUUUACAACUGAUCAGAUAUUUGAUACUCGUGAUGAGCUUGAACAAUGGACUAAGAAUGUUGGAAAGGCGAAUGGUUAUGUGCUGGUGAUCGCAAGGUCUGACUAUGCUAUAAGUGGAGGAAAGGGUGAUAGAAUGUGGCGGCUGAAAGUGAUGGAUGGUAAACACAACCAUGAACCAGCUAAAUCACUAGUUGGCCACCCCUACGUUGGUCGACUAACAGAGGAAGAGAAGGGGCUUGUGGGCACCAUGACUAGUACUUGGACUCCACCGAGACAAAUACUAGCGGCAUUGAAGGAAAACAAUCCAGGUAACUUGACUACAAUCACUCAAGUUUACAGUUGCAACAAAAGGUUGAAAAAAGAGGAGAGGGGACCAUUGACAUAA